AUGUAUUCAUUACCUAAAACUUCAUUAAGAAACCGACUUUGCCAAGGUUCCCGCAUUAUUGAUUGUGUCUCGGCUGUCAACCAGAAGCGGUUUGCGCACGAUAUUGUGAUAAGGCAAAAAAUUGGUAAGCCUAUUAUCAAGUAUGGCCCCGGAGGUCGAUCCUCAGUCAGUGGUCAUAUAGCAACUGUGUUUGGAUGUACGGGCUUCUUGGGCCGUUAUGUGGUUAGCAAGCUAGCCAAGCAUGGAACACAAGUGGUGGUACCUUAUCGCGAUGCAGAUGAGGCAAGACAUUUGAAAGUUACUGGUGAUCUUGGACAAGUGAUUCCUUUGGAAUUUGAUAUUCGCAAUGAAAAGAACAUCGAAGAAGCGGUUAGGCAUUCAGAUAUAGUUUACAACUUGAUAGGCAGGGAUUAUGAGACAAACAACUUUCCAUUUGAAAAAGUUCACGUUGAAGGAGCUGCCAGGAUAGCUAGAAUUUCAAGAGAAAACGGUGUUUCAAGAUUCGUCCACGUUUCUGCAUUGAAUGCUGAUAAAAAUUCAAAAUCAAAAUUUUAUCGUUCGAAGGCUUUGGGUGAGGAAGCUGUGAAGGCAGAAUACCCGGAUGCAACCAUAGUUCGUCCUUCCACGAUGUAUGGACAUGAAGAUAGAUUUUUGAAUAGACUAGCAGGGACAACUUACGAAUACGUGCUCAACAAGGGAAUGACUAGGAUUCGUCCCGUAUAUGCCCUGGACGUUGCAAAAGCUCUAGAAUACAUGUCAAAAUACGAAAAUACCAUCGGAGAAACAUACGAAUUAUUUGGAUCGAAUGAAUAUACCUACAAUGAAAUAUAUGACGUCAUUAACAAAGUUGUUGUGAAUUAUAGAACUAAAAUACUCGUUCCAAAAAGUAUAGCCCUAUUAGUAGCAAAAUUGAUACACCUGCCAUUCAUCUCAUCUUAUUCUACCGAGGAUGUUGAGAGGGCAUACAUUAGCGAUCAGAUCACACCGGGUACAAAAACUUUCGAAGAUCUGGAAAUCUUGCCGAGCUCAUUGGAUGACAUUGCCAUUUCGGUAGUAAGAUUUUAUAGAAGGAGUUCGAUAUACGAUGAACCCAUGCUUCAAGAUAAAAACGUUGGUAAGGUCAAAAAGGGCAUAUAUUAUACAGAUUAUUAA